AAUUUGUACUCCAUAUUUAAUUAAUGGAGUAAAAUGCUUCACAAGCCUUUGAAAAUAUUAUUUUUAUCGAAUCUGAUGUUUUUUUCAAUUAUUUUGAUAUACUACUAUGAUAAAAAUAUUGAAAUGCCCCGAAAAUUAGUGUAUUAGUGAUUAAUUAAUACUUCCAUAUGAUAAAAGUAUUGAAAUGUCCCAAAAAAAUCACUUGCAAAUAUUUCUCCAUUUGAAAAAAAUUAUGGUCAUCCGUCUGAUUAUUCUAAUCUCCAUGUCUUUGGUUGUCAGGUGCCACACCCACAGCCUAUCCCCAUCUCCACCACAAGAUUGACCAUAAACUCCAACAUCAUUCCAAACCGUGUAUCUUUCUUGGAUAUGAACCUCUCACCAAAGCCUAUCGUGUCUUGAUCCCAUAACCCACAACGCUUGUGUCACUCAUCAUGUUCGCUAUCUCGAAUACUCUUUCUCUUACAAAGUGCCAAGGAAUUCCCUAAUAGCAUCAUCACCUUCCUCGUCUUAUUUUGGCAUUCUUCCUCUUUUUGCACACAUAACAACCGUAUCGUCGAGGUCUACUCACACAAAACGUCACUGCGCUCGUAAUUGAUCCAAUGGGUCUUUGGAGGUUGGACUCAUUGUGACCAUAUGGUUGUACUCAACCUUUUGGGUCCAACUCAUUGAUCAUUUUUAAAAUUUAUAUAUAGGCAUUAUGCACAAGUGCACAACACACACUCACACAGUGUAUCUAGCACACCACACAAGUAAAAGAGUGCCAAACCAGAGAGUAUGAAAAUAGAGGGAGUUAAGGAGUAGUUCAGUUCGUUUUUUUUCUCACAACCAAAAGAGUGCAAAAGGAGAAGUUUAAAUGCUUGCUGAUUAGACAUCUAAGAGACAGGAGCUUUUUCUCAUGGAGCUGUCUUUUUCAUUAGAGAUUACAAACAUAGUUUCUUUUCCCUUUUAAUUUCUUUGAACCAAACAUAGUUUAAAAGCAAAUGAAAAGAAAGUAUUUUUUGAAGCAGAGUCUUUUUGUGUGUGUGUGUGUAAAUAGAGUUCUAUACCAGUACAUCUUUGCAUCAAUUCAACAAAAAAUGGUGCUAUACCUUGUGGUAGUGAGGGGUUCCUUCUCAUGUAUACAAGAUGGAGAAAACUUGAAAGAGAACUAUAUAAUGCAGAAAAGUAGUAAGUCACUCUUUCUGACCUGACUAAUGUGGGGUUAUACUCUUAAGAGUGUACUUGUUUAUGAUGUUUUUUCUUUCUUUCUUACUGCCCAACCAAAUAGACCAUUGUUGUUUCUAUUGAAAUUUCCCUAAUGCUGUGUUUCAACUGCAGACGCUUCAAUAUUACCCAGAUGCUUACGACUCCUGCAAGUAUGUUAUCUCACAUAGUCACACCACCUUAGUGUGUUUUUCUACAUCGGAUAUAUACCGAGGUUCCUUUCCCUUGUAAGGGCAUUAUGAUAUUCAAGGCUGUUUUAGGUGUCCUUAGCCAGAAUACAAAAGGGCUCUUAUAGUGAUUAAAAUAUUAAUAGUACUUUAGAUCAAGCAAUGUGACCCCUUUGCAGCACACUACACUCGAACCAACACUACAAGUUCUUGAAGCCCCGAGACAUUUUGAAUCGAGGGAAGUAUAGGGGUAGGGUUUUUACCUUUUGUAAAUUUGAAGAAUGGUCCAAACAUGGUAAAAUCUAUUGUGGAUAGCACAUGCCAAUCAUAGUAAUUUCUAUAGACCAAAUAGAAGUAGUAAAUUUGUUGUUUUAAUUUUUGAACAGCGUAGGAAAGAACGUACCAAGUAUGUCAAUACAUCCAAAUGCUAAAUUUCAUAUAACCAAAUAAAAAUAGGGAAGACGAAUUUAUUGUUGGAACAAGCUACAAUAGAAAUUGCCUCUGAAA